UGCUGAUGUAAGUGGCUAUAUAGCCGGACUGCGUAGAUGGCCAGAAGGACAUGAAUAAAAAUUCUUUUUGCUUCUUUGAUUCACAUAUAUCAAUUAUACGUAAUUGACAUGGUAUCAGAGCACUAAAAUCAAGCUAUGGUUACCGGUGAUGAAGUGUAUUCCAGCACAUCAAGCAGAUUCGACCACCCAAAGGCUGAAAAGAAGGCUGCCGGACAUGGGAAAGGCUCGUUCAAAGUUGCUGGACACCUGAAACCUGCUGCCAAAGCUCAUGCAGCAGUUGCUGCAAUUGGAGGCUAUCAACUUUCCGCUGGGAACGCUGGGGAUAGGCUUGGAGACUACACUCCAUUGCCGGGCUUUACCCCGGAACAAUGGAAAACUUUGGUUUCUGCCCUCAGUAACUCUAAUAUUUCUAAUAGCCGCAUGAACGGACCGAGUCUCGAGGAAGCUGAUUGGAAUGGGUGAGAGGCGGAAUGGACUGUACUAUUUGCGGGAGAUUACUACUGCUCAAGUUUUGACUAUUUCUGGAAGCAAUGAGUUUGACAUUUGGCACAAGAGAAUGGGGCACCCCUCUGUGAGAGUAAUGAAUAAACUUGCUCCAAUGCGUGAUUUCAAUAAAUCUCUCUCUUCUUCGUGUGAUGUUUGUUUUCGUGCUAAACAAAGUAAGGAGUCUUUUCCUGACAGUACGAAUAAGACUAGCAAUAUUUUUGAAUUAGUGCAUUGUGAUUUAUGGGGUCCUUAUAAUACUGCUUCCUCUUGUGGUGCAAAAUUAUUUUUGACUAUAGUAGAUGAAUUUUCCCGUGCCGUGUGGAUUUAUUUGCUGAUGGAUAAACGAGAAGUAUUUACUAUGUUUAUGUCUUUCAUUGCAAUGGUGGAAAGACAAUUUUCUAAAAAGGUUUUUAUUAUCCGGAGUGACAACGGUACAGAAUUUAAUUGUUUAAAAGAAUUUUUCUGGACUAGUGGUAUUAUUUUUCAGACCUCUUGUGUUGCCACACCUCAACAAAACGGGUGUGUUGAACGUAAGCAUCAGCACAUCUUGAAUGUAGCCCGUGCAUUGCAGUUUCAGGCUCAUCUUCUGAUCAAGUUUUGGGGGGAAUGCAUUUUAAUGGCUGCUCAUUUAAUUAAUCGGACUCCUGCCUCUGUGCUCCAAUUUCGCACACCUUAUGAACUACUUUUUGGGUCGCCACCAUCUUAUACAUCUUUGAGAAUUUUUGGUUGUCUUUGCUAUGCUUACAAUCUUAAAUCCAAGGGUGACAAAUUUACUAGCCGAAGCCGGAAAUGCAUUUUUGUUGGAUAUGUUUUUGGAAAAAAAGGUUGGAAUUUGUAUGAUCUGGAUACUUGUGAAUUUUUUGUGUCACGAGAUGUAAAGUUCUCUGAAGACAUCUUUCCUUUUGCUGAUGAUUCUCUGGAUGCGCCUGAGCUGAUUCCCGAAAAUGGGGAAGACUUGUUAGUGGCUUCGUAUGAUGAUCAAUAUGUUACUAAUUCUGCUCCAGCACCUGUUACUCCAGUGGACAUCUCUACGCCGGAAUCACCACAUCCGGUUGCAUCUGUACUGGAUCCACCACCUGAUCCGCUGGUUGAAGUUGUGGGAAGAGGGCAUCGGGUCAAACACCCAUAUGUUCGUUUAAAGGAUUAUGUUACUCAUACAGUGCAAAAGUACAGUUCCAUCCCCUCCUCUGCCACUCCGGCUGCUUCCUCAGGUACUCCGUUUCCUAUUUCACAUUAUGUUAGUUGUGAUAAUUUUUCCUCUUCCCAUCGGGCAUUUCUUGCAGCUAUUUCUUCCAGGAGUGAACCUCAAACUUUUAAAGAGGCUGUUGCCGAUCCUGGGUGGCGGGCGGCCAUGCGUGACGAAAUCUAGGCUCUUGAAAAAAAUUCCACGUGGUCUUUGGUCACUCUUCCACCUGGAAAACGUGCUUUAGGUUGCCGCUGGGUCUAUAAAAUAAAAUACAAAUCUGAUGGGAGCGUGGAACGCCUGAAGGCUCGUUUGGUUGUUUUUGGUAAUCGUCAGGUGGCUGGUCUGGACUAUACGGAAACUUUUGCUCAUGUGGCCAAAAUGGUAACUGUGCGGGCUUUCCUUGCUAUUGCUGCUUGUAAAAAUUGGGAGUUGCAUCAGAUGGAUGUCCACAAUGCAUUUCUUCAUGGGGACCUUCAGGAGGAGGUAUAUAUGACUAUUCCUCCUGGCUAUUCGACCACGGACGCCACCUUGGUAUGUCGUCUCCAUAAAUCACUAUAUGGUUCAAAGCAAGCACCACGGUGUUGGUUUGCUAAGCUAGUGGCGGCCUUGAAAGGUUAUGGAUUCUCACAAUCUUUUGCUGAUUAUUCUCUCUUCACAAGAACACGGGGUACUUUUCAAUUGAACGUUCUUGUGUAUGUAGACGAUCUUAUUAUUUGAGGGAAUAAUUCAGAGGAAAUUGCUUUGUUUAAACAAUACUUGGGUGAUUGUUUUCACAUGAAAGAGUUGGGCAAACUCAAAUUCUUUCUGGGUAUUGAGGUUGCUCGGAGUGCUUCUGGUCUAUUUCUCACUCAGCGCAAGUACGCUCUUGAUAUUAUUUCUGAAACAAGUUUGCUUAGGGCCAAACCUGCGACAUUUCCCAUUGAACAAAAUCAUGAUUUGGCUCAUGCUUCAGGACCCCUACUCUCGGAUCCAAACACCUACCGUCGGCUGAUGGGGCGUCUUAUCUAUUUUGCAGUCACACGCCCUGAUCUUGCUUAUGCAGUCCAUAUUUUGUCUCAAUUCUUGCAGGCUCCACGCCUUGAACAUUGGCAGGCUGCUCUUCGUGUUGUUCGAUACCUUAAAGGUUCCCCAGGUCAAGGAAUCUUACUUCGAUCAGAUGGUGAUCUUACUCUUACAGGUUGGUGUGAUUCUGAUUGGGCUGCUUGUCCCCUCACUCGCAAGUCUCUUUCCUGCUGGUUGGUGUUUCUCGGACAUUCUCCCGUCUCGUGGAAAACCAAGAAACAAACCACGGUAGCCCGUUCCUCUGCUGAAGCUGAAUACCGCUCCAUGGCAGCAGCUACCUGUGAACUGAAGUGGCUUAAAGCCUUGCUUCUUAGACUGGGAAUCAAUCACUCACAAGCUAUCCCUCUUUAUUGUGACAGCCAGUCCGCUCUUCACAUUGCUCGCAAUCCGGUUUUCCAUGAACGCACUAAACAUAUUGAGGUUGAUUGUCACUUCGUUCGCAAUGCCAUCCAAGACAAUCUAAUUGCUCCGAGUUACGUUCCUACUACAAUACAACUUGCUGAUAUUUUCACCAAGGCUUUGGGCAAGACACAGUUCCAUUUUCUACUGCGC